CAUUCAUUCAGACAAUGUCACUUUCUACUUUCUGUGCCCUGUGACAGACCUACAGCCAUUAUGAAAUUGUUUGUGGUAGUUGCGUGCCUAGUAGCUGCAGUCGCGGCAGCCCCCAGCUCCCCUCAAGUUGCUGCCCGCCGGGCUCUACCAGCGUUACAACAUGAAGAAGUGCACGACGAGUUCGGACAAUAUGCACUUCGGUACGUUACCGCAGAAGGCACAGUUGUUUCUGAACGUGGUCGCCUGGUACCUACUCCCGGUGGUAAUGGUUACGUGCUGGUAGUCGAAGGGGAGACUUCCUACGUCGGCGAUGAUGGAAAAACCUACGUCACCAAGUAUUCGGCAGGACUCGAUGGCACUCACGUAGAAGGCGCUCACAUCCCACAGUGACUCACUACAUAUUCGGUCCAAAAUGAUUCCCAAUAAAUUCUUAAUACUCUUGGA